AUGCCUCCUAUGAGAAGAACAAACAUUGGACGGCGUACACGUAAUGCAAGAAACAUUAAUGAAUUUAGACGUGCUCAUAAUACACAGGCCCGUGAUGCACAAACGUCGCCUCAAAUUCGACAACAUGUUAAUAUAAGAAGAAGUUCAGAUGCAGUCUUGAAUCGCGCUGCUUUCGAAUACGAUUCCGCAGUCGCUUACAAAGAUCUUUUGAUUCAAGGACAAAUUCACCAUCGAGCAGGCGCUUUGUUACCACAACCAAACGAAGAUCAUAAGUUCCUUCAGAUAUAUUUCGUUGGUAAUUCGGAAAAUGAACUAGAACAGCGGUGUGCAAUUUUUCCUGCGAAUAAACGUGAAAUAAUCGGASAAUUKYAAAUUCUUCUGCAUGAGCAUAAUCAAUUGGUCAGAAUGUUCACAACCGCAUUGGACACAAUGCAUUCUGACGACCACAAAAUCAUUAUCAGAGCAGACAAAAGACCCUCUGGAAGCCAUGAAAGACAAUUCAAUGCUCCCACUAUCAAUGAAGUCGCAGUGGUGAUUGUUGGCGAAAAUGUGGCAUCACGCGAUAUUGUUCUUAAGCGUCGCGAUGGUGGACAUUUGCAGCGCGUGUACGAGACUCAUCGGUCAUAUGAUGCACUUCAAUACCCGUUGAUGUUCURUCGAGGAGAGGAUGGCUAUCACUUAAAUAUAAAGAUGGUCAACCCAAUGACAGGAKAAGAAACGAAUAAAAAUGUCAGCUCAAUGAAUUUUUAUGCAUAUCGAUUGAUGAUUCGACAAGAUGUUGACAAUCAUCUAUUGAGAUAUCGCCGGUUGUUUCAACAGUAA